AUGCUUUACCAGCGAAAUAUGCGUUACCAGCAAGAGAUGCCUCACCCGCAAAUGAUGCCACCUCCUCACCCGCAAGGGAUGCCACCUCACCCGCAAGCGAUGCCACCUCCUCACCCGCCAAUGAUGCCUCCCCGCCCGCAAGAGAUACAUAACCCGCAAAUGAUGCCACCUCACCCGCAAGCGAUGCCUCCUCGUCCACAGGAAACACCUCGCCCGCAGGUGAUGCCUUCUUAUCCGCAAGGAAUGUGUCUCCAAGAAGAGAUGAGUUUCCUACAAGAGAUGCGUCGCCAAGAAGAGAUAUGUCGCCAACUAGAGAUGCGUCUCCAACCAGAGAUCCGUUACCAGCAAAAGAUCCGUUCCCAGCAAGAGAUGCGUUACCCGCAAACGAUGCCUCCUCACUCGCCAGAGACGUAUUACCCGCAAACGAUGCCUCCUCACUCGCCAGAAACGUAUUACCCGCAUCAGAUGCCUCCACGCCCGCAAGAGAUACAUAACCCGCAAAUGAUGCCUCCUCACCAACAAGGAAUGCGUCACCCACAAAAUAUACAUCAUCCUCAACAUAUAUUGAACCCACACCAGGUUCAACAGGAUGCUUCUCAACACCAAGCUCAGGAUCGCCCUUGCGAACAACGAAUUGAGCCGAAACGCCGCCAACGGGCUCACAAGACACCUAAACCGCCAAAGACACCUAAACCGCCACAAGAUCCCCAGGUGCACGUUUCUCCUGUGAAGCAGAGGGCUCCGCUUGUUGUUGAUGGCCGAUCCGAGUGGGGAAAACGUAAAGGGUCUGUCCGCCCACCCCAGAAACCUGGCCAUGUUGAAGCUUCUGAUCCAGUCAAGGCAUCUACUCAGAGACCUGACCCUGAUCAUGCUUCUGAUCCAGUCAAGGCAUCUACUCAGAGACCUGACCCUGAUCAUGCUUCUGACACGAUCAAUGCACCUGCUCAGGACAACUUCAGCCAUCAAGGCUUAUAG